UUAUCUGACGCUACUCACAAAAUAAAUUACUCUAAAUAGUUCGUCAUUAAAAAUCUUGAUUUCUAAUAAACUAGGUCGUAUUCUAUGUCGUUAUAACGCUGAAUUGGAUGACAUAUAUAUUUAAUACAUAACUACUGGUGUAUUUCUCUUAAAUAAUCACGCCAGUCACGGUGAUUACGGGUUUAAAACCAAAACAAAAAGAUGCUGACGUAAAUUCAGAUUUGAGGUUUACGAAAGAUGCCUCACGGGUUUCCUGUGCACGCGCCGCCGUAUAUAAAUGUGCCGGAGGCGCGCACGUGCGGUUCACGAAGAGGUGCUACUGCGUCGCCAGCAUCUUCCAGCGGCUGACCUGAACGCAAGAGAGCAUCAAUGGGAGGCGCAGUGGUGGACGACGGGCCCACAGGUGUGAAGGCUCCAGACGGCGGCUGGGGAUGGGCGGUGCUGUUCGGCUGCUUUGUCAUCACAGGGUUCUCCUACGCUUUCCCUAAAGCUGUUAGCGUUUUCUUUAAGGAACUGAUUAGAGAGUUCAAUGUGGGCUACAGCGACACCGCCUGGAUAUCAUCCAUACUGCUGGCAAUGCUGUACGGCACAGGUCCACUGUGCAGCGUUCUGGUGAACAAGUUCGGGUGCCGACCGGUGAUGAUGGCAGGAGGACUGUUUGCCUCGCUGGGAAUGAUUCUGGCAUCGUUUGCCACUAGAAUAAUAUACAUCUACCUCUGUGUUGGAGUCAUAACAGGUUUGGGUCUGGCCCUCAACUUCCAGCCCUCACUGAUCAUGCUUAACCGUUACUUCAGUGAGAAGCGACCCCUGGCCAACGGGCUGGCGGCGGCGGGCAGCCCUGUGGCGCUCUGUUGCCUCUCCCCACUGGGACAGGUUCUGCAGUACCAGUAUGGCUGGAGGGGGGGAUUCCUCAUAUUAGGAGGGAUACUGCUCAACUGCUGCGCCUGUGGCGCCCUCAUGAGGCCGCUGGUGCCGCCCAAGAAAAAGCCUCACGAGCUGGAGGACGGAGAGCCCCCCGCCGAGGAGGAGAAGCCGCAGCCGAGGAGGAAGCUGCUGGACUUCACCGUGUUUAAAGACAGAGGGUUCCUGGUGUACACGGUGGCAGCCUCAGUCAUGGUGCUGGGCCUGUUUGUCCCGCCCGUGUUUGUGGUCAACUAUGCCAAAGGACUCGGCUACGAAGACACAAAGUCAGCGCUGCUGCUCACCAUCCUGGGGUUCGUGGACAUGUUCGCACGACCCCUGUGCGGCGUCAUCGCCGGCCUGAAGUGGGUCCGGCCCAGAAGCGUCUACUUCUUCAGCUUUGCUAUGAUGUUCAACGGCAUCACCGACCUCGUAGGCUCCCAGGCCAGCGACUACGGCGGUCUGGUGGUCUUCUGUAUCUUUUUCGGAAUGUCGUACGGGAUGGUGGGAGCCCUGCAGUUUGAGGUUCUCAUGGCCAUUGUCGGCACUGAGAAGUUCUCCAGUGCCAUCGGACUGGUGCUCCUCAUGGAGGCCAUUGCUGUACUCGUGGGUCCUCCUGGGGCAGGUCGCCUGCUGGAUUACACCCACAAGUACAUGUACGUGUUCCUACUGGCCGGCUGCGAGGUGACGCUGUCCGCCUUCCUCAUGGCCCUGGGCAACAUCUUCUGCCUGAAGAGGAGGCAGCAGGAGCCGCAAGCCAGGCUGGAGAUGGCCAUGACUCUGGCGGAGAAGGAGGUGCUGAACUGCGUGGCAGACGUGCAGGAGGAGGCGGGCGAGUGGAAGGACAAGAACAACGGAGAAGCGUCAAGUGAGACAAGAGAGGCGGAGCAGGGGAAGAGCUCGGCGUGAAGACUGGAGCGGUGCAGGAGGGCAGAGUGACCAUCUGUGGAAACACAGGAAGUGAGAGAGACAGGAAGAGGUUUAGUCAUUUUCACACUCACUCUUAUUUAUGAUUAAACGCUUUAGUCAGUGUUUUCAAUUUGAUCUGGGAAAUCAGUAGAAUUCAUUAUUCACUCAUUAACACAUUAAUCCUGAGAAGCGACAUAUUUUUUUAGUGAUAUAAAUCUAUUUUAAUAGUCAAGAAGCUUUAUUUUAUACAAUCAUUUAGAAAAAUGACAUCACUAUAUAGAGUAUUUUUUUUCUUACUUGAGUUAAGUGUGGCAUUACCACUGGGAGAGAGAUGUUACUUAUUCUGUUAGUACUGUAUGGUGGCUGAUGGAUCUACUGUAGGUGAAGCAGCGUUUUCAGAGCGCCUUUGGUGAGCGUUAUAAAGGAUUAGAGCGCCAUCUACUGGGUCCGGAAAAUCAAGUCUGCUUUGUUAUCCCGUCGUUACUGAGCAGCAUCAGUAGACAUCUUAUGCAUUCAGUUGAAUCAUAAUAUUUUGAGGUGCCGACUAAGAUUCAGUUCAUAUCAGUUUUCAAAAAAUAAUCAUACAAUAAUUGAUUAAAAUGCUGUGAAAUGUAAGUGUGAUCGAAGUUGAAACCACUUAAAAAUUCACUCGCCAGAACAAAAUCAUAUUCAUUCGGCUUUGUCUGCCUUUCACGUCCUGGAUUGCCUUAAAGGUUUGACUAGUGACGGGUAGAUGAGGUUUCAUGCAACAGUGUCCUGUUUUUCAGUCUGUUGUAAGAUGUUUGGACCUGCUCAUCAUUUCUAAACCAAGAGCGCCAUCUGGUGGCCUCUGUGAGUAAGGACACUGUUUCGUCAACUGUGCAGUCCUGUUUCAUGAUCCCUCACCUACCCAUCACUACAAGGAUGGCUUCAUGAACUAUGCAGCAUCAAAGGCAUUAUUUAUGUUCCACAUUACCACACACCAUUGAUGUUAUUGGAAAAACAUCCCAUGUCGAUGGACGUCCAUCACUGCCUUUGAUCCGAUACCUGGUUUGUACUUAACAAUUUGCCGGUCAAAUCGCUCACUGAAUCUGUUGCUCGUUCAGACUUGCAGUUGUCUGUGUUUUCUCAAUCACACCCUAUAAGCUGCGGCCACACACGGGCCGAGGUCCAAGCGGGACAGAAUCUACAAUUCCAACAUCUGAGUCAGGUGGCCAACUCUAAAUGACUCCCAUUCCGUUAACUUGUGUCCCGCCAGUUGGCGGUGAGGACGGCGUUCUCCAAUAAAGGUAGCGCUGCUACCUUUAUUUCCUGUUUUGAUGCAACUUUUGAUGAAAUUCCUCCUUCAGUGUUCACUGACCGUUCACAUAUUUUGGUUGUCCCAACAUGUCCUGCACUCGUCACCGCUCCUGUGAUAGUAGGUCUUCCUGAACACUCCUUCAAGAGAGAAGCAAAACCGUUCUGUUCUCGUAGAGACCGCUUCAUGUUAGCGCCAGUCAAAAGCCAGGAGUCUGUCUUCAAUGGAACACAUUGGCACUUUCAUUAGCACUUUUGUUUUCCUGGUUGUUAUUGACAGUACUAAUGCUUGUAGUGCGCUCUGCUGAUGUGCUGCAGUGAACUGUCAGUGAUGCUGUGCUGCCUGUGUAACAUGUAAUGUUUGCACAUGUAUUCCGGGGAGGAAAUGUUGCACAAAGCGAUUAUUUUUUCCAUGUCUGGUUAAUGUUUGUGCAAAUAUAUGCUGAAGAACUUCAA